AUGGGUCCCCAACCAUACAUUUUACCAGAGCAAGAAAGAAUACUUGUAAAAUGGAUUAUAGACGUAGCGAAAGCGGGAUUUCCUGUACAGCCUCACCAACUGAUGACCAGUGUUCAAGUGCUCAUGAUGCAAUUAAAGCAACAAAAUCCAUUUAAAGAUAACAAACCCGGAAGAACAUGGCUUGCCAGUUUUCUAAAAAGAAAUCCUGAGAUAAGCAAUAGAGUUGCACAAAACCUUACAUCUUCCAGAGCAGCUGUAAAAAAAGAAUCAAUUGAGAAAUGGUUCACUGAAGUGUACAGCUACCUUCAACAGAGUAACUCCGAGGAUAUUCUACAAGAUCCUUGUAGAGUUUUUAAUGCAGACGAAACCGCAUUCUUCCUUAAUCCAAAGGGUAGUAAGGUAUUGGCCAGAAAGGGUGACAAGACCAUUUACCAACAAGUUAACCCGGAUGAGAAAGAAUGCCUAACUGUUCUUGUCACCGGAAAUGCUGCAGGUCAGGUAGUGUCACCAAUGGUGAUAUUUAAAUAUGAACGUGUUCCUAGAGAAUUAGCAUUUAGUGUUCCUAACGAAUGGGGUAUUGGAAGAUCGGAAAGCGGCUGGAUGACAGGACAAACAUUUUAUGAAUUCAUCACGAAUAUCUUUGAGAAAUGGCUGACUAGAAUGAAAAUUCCUCGCCCUGUCAUUCUUUUCAUUGACGGCCACUCAUCCCACCUGACCUUGCAUACAAGUAGAUUUUGUGCUGAAAAUGGUAUAAUCCUAGUAGCUCUUUACCCAAAUGCAACGCAUUUGAUUCAGCCUAUGGAUGUUGCUGUAUUUCGAUCCUUGAAAGGUGGUUGGAAAGAUGCAGUUCAUCAAUGGCGCAUCGAUCAUUGUCAGUCACCAGUUUUAAGAAAAAUUCAUUUUUGCCCACUUCUAGAAAAAGUAUUGGCAGAUAAACUUACACCAUCCAUUUUGAAAAAUGGGUUCCGAAAAUGUGGCCUUGUUCCUUGGAAUGUCGGUGCUAUUACAUUUCCCAAUCAGAAAAUUGAUAUUGUGAAGAAAGAGCGAAAACUGCAGGAAUUAAAAGAUGGUAUACAUUUUAUGGAAAAAUAUAUAGAUAAAGAGAAACUAAUUAGUUUCAAAUCUAGUGAAAAUUGGAAUGGUGACAACCAGGAUUUAUCACUUUUUACUUUCUAUAAGAAUAUUUGCCUGGGAUACAAUAAUCUUGAAAAAGAAAUAAAAAACAUUCAAUCAAAAAAAUCUGCAGAAGAACAAGAUGCAACAAAUUUAAUAUCUGAAGAUGAAGAGGUUAAUAAUAAUAGCAUCAACCAACCCGCUCUUCCCGCCCUGGAUAAUUUAAUACAAGACUUAAACACUGAAAUAAAUGCACAACCAAUACCCAUAUCUGAAGCAGAUACUUUCAACAAGAUAUUGGUGCAAGUAGAUGUACAUAAAUCGGCGAUUUAUGAGCCCCAUGUAACACCAACAAAGGAUAAUAAAAAUACUGACCAGUCGCCAAAAUCUCCUCAAGAAUCCGAUGUUGAUUCUGCAAAAACAAAUCUACCAGGCCCCUCUAUCACAAGUGUCAGAACCACUCAUCCACCUGAUUUUGACUUAAUAAACAUUCACUCAUCGCCUGAAGAAAUUGUGCCCUCCCCUUUCAAGCGUGUGCUUUUCUGGCCUGAACCCAAGCCCGCGACCUUAAAAAAAACGAAAAGUAGAGAAGAUACCAGCAGUUGUUACAUCAAAAGAAUGGCAAGGCUACCAUGA